AUGCCGUCUGCAUACAAGAGCAAAGGCAAAGGCCGAGAUGCGCGCCAGUCGCGUAGCCGCAACACGACCCCGUCUGGGGCCGGUGCUCCCACGAUCCCGACACUGCCUAUUCAGAGCUACAUGGAAAAUGAUGUCACCAAGCUCAUUGACCUGGCCAAUGGUCAGUAUUCCGAUGUGCUGGAUCUGGUGGCCGCACAGAACAUCCCAGACUCCAGGACACUCGAGACAUUGGUGGAACACUUGAAGAGCCUCAGUGACAUGGCUGAUGCCCGGGGUGAGGUUUGCAAUGCCGGAAUGCGAGAGAUGUCUCAAAAGCGUAAGGACGUUAUGGAUGACCAGGAACUUGACCGUGAAGUUCGAGAGCGCUCAAAACUCAAGCGCGAAACCGAAGAGGAUGAUGAUAUCCACAAGGGCGGGAAGCUCAAGAAACGAAAGGAGCGGGCCAGUGCGAAGGAGGAACGCCCAUUAAAUCAUGGCGCGCACGAAAUUGCCCGCCAGGAUGGAGCUGAAACCAAGAUUGAAGGUGCUGCUUCCCCAGCAUCCAAAAAUUCCAAGAAUGCGCCUUCGGAUGAAAGCUCUUCGCUUUCGCCUCCCUCGAUGAUGUCCCCCAAUGGCGCGACCACCGCCGGCGAUGGUCCUGCUGCCCCCGGCACACCUGGCUCUGAGACCAGUACCGAUUCCCACCAGCCCGACCCCGCGCCGGCUAUUCCCCAUGUUCAGAUCUUUGGCGACAAUCCGCUGGCGUACGAUGACCCCACAGUCUACGACAUUCGAGAUGUCGUCGAGGGCAUGACCGACGAUGAAAAGAAAGAAAUUUACAGCGUCGCACGAUUCCCCAAGACUGAUCUUGCUCAUAUGGCAGCUGGAAUCGCCCCCGACAAAGAUUUCAGCAAUGCGAAGCCAUCCAACCAAGUCAGCGCUAAUACUUUCUUGACCUACAUUGAGCCAUACGUCCGGCCCCUCACCGAGGAGGACAUCGCUUGGCUGAAAGAAAGGGGUGAUCGAGUUACUCCAUUCAUGAUGCCGCGUCGCGGAAAGAAAAAUUAUCGUCAACUGUGGGCCGAGGAGGACGGGGUAUCCUAUGACCAAAGUCAAGAGGACAAGGACCAGCUGCCAUUGAACCAAGGCCGCGGCAGUAUCGAACAAUUGACCGAAGAUAACGCCGAAACCAACGAGGUCUCUGUCGGACCACUCCUCAGUCGACUUGUCUCUCUCCUCCGAUACGAGCACCGCACAUUCCCCGAAGACGACAAUCCAACCACAAACGGCGAAACCACUACUGGAGGCGCCAGCACAGGGACAGGCGGAGACGCAAUGGACAUCGACCAACCGAAUGGCGAAAAAGAACCCAAAAGCGAACAAAAGCCCCCUCUGCCUCCCGCCACAGCAUUCCGCGACGCAGACCCGAACGACUUCAAAACUUCUGUAGCACAACUCGAUCACGCGCAACUUGACGAACGCGCCAAGGCCGAGCUGCGAUACAUUGGCUUCUUAGGCGCAGACGACAACCCAGACUACGACGCCCACUACGACGACGAAGUCGCCGAGCGUCUACGUCUCCUCCAAGGCGAACUGAAGAAGCAAAUCGUCACGAACAACGCGCGCAAAGCCCGCAUCUUGAAAAUCGCACAGGAACACAUGGCCAUGCUCGAGUUCACUACUAUCCAAGACGACCUCGACUCUCAAGUUCAGCAGGCCUAUCUCAAGCGCACCCGCACUAUGGGCAAGAGCAAGAAGGGCAAUCAGGCGAAACACCGUCCUGGUGGUGCAGGCGGUGGAAGUCAUGUCGCUGGCUCUGCGGGAGUUUCCCGUCCGGCUGUUGGAGAUGCCGCGAAGAUUGUGAUGGAUCGUCGUCGUCGCUGGAACGAGGCUUUCUUGCCCAUCUUCGACGAUAUCAAGACCACUAUUCCUUCGGAGGGAGAUUCCAUCUUCGACUCUUCUGUCAUGGCUGAGUAUGAAAAGGCUGAGCUUGAGAACUGGGAUGAAGAGUAG